CCACGCACAAGGCUCGCUCGUUCACGAUCCCGUACGUACGUUCCACACCGACCGACCGAGUGCCAUGCCCAUGGCGGCCUCGAAACUGGCCGCCGUGCCCAAGGGCCUCGGCGCCGUGGAAGACGCCAAGAAUAAGCCCAGGUGGGGUUUCGUCCAGUUCCUCUUCUUGCUCUCCGUCGUCCUCUGCGUGCUCCUCUACGCGCCGCGCGUCUUCGUCCUCGCUCCGCAUGGCGGUAUCGACGUCGUCGGCUUCUUCACCACGCCGAAUUCGUCAUCCAAGGGGAGCGGAUCGCCGGUGCUGCCGCAGCGCGCUGUCGGCAGUGCGGGAGACGACGACGACGACGGUGGUCGUCUGUUCCUUGACAACCAGGUGCACUCCCCGUGCUCGUCCAUGCGCAACCACACCAUAUGCUGCGACCGCUCGAGCGUCCACACCGACGUCUGCUUCAUGGCCGGCGACGUGCGCACGGACGCCGCGUCCCUGUCGCUGCUGCUGCUCCCGCCGCCGCGCGACCACCACCAGCACCAGGCGGCGCCGCCGAACGGUACAUCGUCGACGGAGGAGGAGGAGGAAAGGGUGCGUCCCUACCCGCGCAAGUGGGAGAGCCUGAUCAUGGCGAAGGUCCCGGAGGUGCGGCUCCGGGUGGCGCGGCCGGAGGAGGCGGCGGAGCACCGGUGCGACGUCCGUCACGACGCGCCGCUCCUCGUCAUGUCCGCGGGGGGCUACACCGGCAACCUGUUCCACGCGUUCAACGACGGGUUCCUGCCGUCGUGGCUGACGGUGCAGCACCUCCGGCGGCGCGUCGUGCUGGGCGUGCUGUCGUACAACCCGUGGUGGGCUGGCACGUUCCGCGAGAUCAUCUCCGGGCUGUCGGAGUACCACGUGGUGGACCUGGUCCGCGACAAGCGGACGCAUUGCUUCCCCGGCGCCAUCGUGGGCACCCGCUUCCACGGCGUGCUCGUCGUCGACCCCGCCAGGCUCCGGGACAACAAGACCAUCGUGGACUUCCACCAGCUCCUGGCCGACGCGUACGAGACGAAGGCCAACAAGGCCGAGCAGCAGGGCACGAGCAGCAGCAGACCAAGACCAAGACCGAGGCUCGGGAUCGUGUCGCGCAAGGGGACGCGCGUGAUCGAGAACCAGGCGGCGGUGGCGCGGCUGGCGUCGUCGAUCGGGUUCGACGUGGACGUGCUGGAGACGGCGACCGGGCUGCCGCUGCCGGCGUGGUACGCGUCGGUGAGCGCGUGCGACGCGCUGGUGGGCGUGCACGGCGCGGACCUGACCACGUUCCUGUUCCUCCGGCCGGGGCGCGCGUCGCUGGCCCAGAUCGCGCCGCUGGGCGUGUCCGCGAUCGCGCGCGACUGCUUCGGCGGGCCGGCGGCGAGGAUGGGGGUGGCGUACGAGCAGUACGAGGUGGGCGUGGAGGAGAGCUCGCUGGCGCGCAGGUACGCGGCGGACGACGUGGUGGUGGCGGACCCGGAGCGGGCGAAGCGGGACAAGGGGGGGUGGGGCCUGGUGGCGCGCGUGUACCUGGGCGGGCAGAACGUGAGCCUGGACCUGGGCAGGUUCGCCGAGACGCUGGCCAGGCUGCACUCGCACGCCCUGCGGCGGCGGCGGUGGUAGGAGAUCUAGCAGCAGGCCGCAGUGGUAAUAUGGCGGCAGUGUUGUUCCGGUGGGGCUGGAGUGCCAGCCGGCGAGCAGGAGCAGUAGCGGAGGUUGGGGAUCAGCAUGCAGCAACGACGCCUUGGAAGGAACGAAGAACAGCGUAACAAUUAAGUGCUGUUGGGAUACGCUGACCACCCGUGCGUUGUGGGGACGAUUCCUGUGACAGUACCAGCAAGAGUCCUGGUUGAAUUACAUGUAUACUGUACUAUGCUUACUAGCUAGCGUGCAUUGCCUGCCUGCAUGCACGCAAGCAACACUUGUGAAACAUGGCAUAUCAUCUAUCUAUCUAUCUAUCUAUC